GCGCGAGCGCGCGCCUCCCGGAAGUUGCCGGUAGGGAGCGGAGCGCCGGGCUCUGCGCGUUCCCUGGCUGUGCUUCGGUGCAGCGUCGGGCUAGGAGCGGCGGCCGGGAGAGAGCGUCUGGGCCGGGAUCGGGCCGCACGUUGACGUGCCCAGUUCGGACCAGGACUGGGAAGAUGGCGGGGCCGCAGUCUCUGGCUCUGCAGCUGGAACAGCUGUUGAACCCGCGACCGCGCGAGGCGGAUCCUGAGGCCGACCCAGAGGAGGCUACAGCUGCCAGAGUGAUUGACAGGUUUGAUGAAGGGGAAGAUGGGGAAGGUGAUUUCCUGGCAGUGGGUAACAUUAGAAAACUGGCAUCUGCUUCCCUCUUGGACACGGACAAAAGGUAUUCUGGCAAGGCCACCUCUAGAAAAGCUUGGAAGAAAGACCACUGGGAGCAGACUUCGCCAGGUUUAUCUGACCAGGAAAUAUCUGAUGAGGAGAGUUCUGGAGAUGGAGAUUCAGAGGCCCGGGGUCUAGAGGAAUCUGAUGAGGAUGACCUGAGUGUUGCUGAGGAACAGGAUGCUGACGAUCACGAAGGGAGCAGCCCAGCCGGGAAGAAGGGCAGAAGCCACUCUGCAAAAGCACCAGGCUUUAGUUUCCAGAGCAUCAGUGACUUUGAAAAAUUUACUGAGGGAAUGGAUAAGCUCGGGAGCAGUGAGGAGGAAGAAGAGGAAGAGAGUGGCAUGGAAGACGGGGACGUCGAGGAAGACUUGGAGGGCGAGACUGAGCGGGACAGGGCCGGAGAGAGGCAGAGUGAAGAGGACGGUGUGGUGCUGACCUUCUCCAGUGCCAAGGUUUCUGAGGAAGUGGAGAAGGGAAGAGCUGUGAAGAACCAGAUAGCACUGUGGGACCAGCUCUUGGAAGGAAGGAUCAAACUACAAAAAGCUCUGUUGACCACCAAUCAGCUGCCCCAACCAGAUGUUUUCCCUGUUUUCAAGGACAAAGGUGGCCCAGAAUUUGUCAGUGCCCUGAAAAACAGUCACAAGGCACUUAAAGCAUUGUUGAGGUCGUUGGUAGAUCUUCAGGAAGAGUUGCUUUUCCAGUACCCAGAUACUAGAUAUCUAGUAGAAGGAACGAAGCCAAAAGAGGAAAGUGAGGAGAUUUCUAGUGAAGAUGAUGAACCAGUGGACAAAAAGCAGAAGAAAAAGGCACUGCCGAAGAGGAAGCUGGAGAUGGAUGCCUAUCCUGGCUUCAUGGCAAAGCGCUUUGCUGACUUUACUGUCUACAGGAACCGCACACUACAGAAGUGGCAUGAUAAAACCAAACUGGCUUCUGGAAAGCUGGGCAAGGGUUUUGGUGCCUUUGAACGCUCAAUCUUGACACAGAUUGAUCACAUUUUGAUGGACAAAGAAAGAUUACUUCGAAGGACACAAACCAAGCGCUCUGUCUACCGAGUUCUUGGCAAACCAGAACCAGCAGCUCUGCCUGUCCCAGAGAGUUUGCCAGGAGAACCGGAGAUCCUUCCUCAAGUCCCUGCCAAUGCUCACUUGAAGGACUUGGAUGAAGAAAUCUUUGAUGAUGACGACUUUUACCACCAGCUCCUCCGAGAACUCAUAGAACGGAAGACCAGCUCCUUGGAUCCCAAUGAUCAGGUGGCCAUGGGAAGGCAGUGGCUGGCAAUCCAAAAGCUACGAAGCAAAAUCCACAAGAAAGUAGACAGGAAAGCCAGCAAAGGAAGGAAACUUCGGUUUCACGUCCUUAGCAAGCUCCUGAGCUUCAUGGCACCUAUUGACCAUACUACAAUGAAUGAUGAUGCGAGGACAGAGCUGUAUCGAUCCCUUUUUGGGCAGCUCAGCCCUCCUCCCACAAGCCAUGGGGACUGACGCCGCCCGUUCGCCGUGCUGCAGGACCUCCCGCGCCGUCCCGACGGACGCCGCCGUGACCUGACGGGGACGGGGACAUCAGUCCCGGGGCGGUGCUCGCUCAGCACACGUGCCUUGUACGUGCGCCAACACUGCCGCCUCCGCAUGUCCUUUCCCCAUCACAAAUAAAGAGUAUCGUCACCGCGUGCCCGCGUGGGGCCUGUUGAGCAGCACAGAGGCGGUCUCAUUCAGA